AUGUCCAAGAUGGACUGUGCCGAAGCACGGAAGCCUAAGUUCUCCCUAGCCGAGCCGCCACCGCUGCGCCGACCAGCUCUACCCCAGAAAAGUGUUGCACUGUAUGUUAACCGUUUCCAUGAUGGUGACGUCAGUGAGGCCUAUCUAUCAUCAACAGGAGUCUACAGUAGGAAGACCCGUGCGGCUCUGAAGCAUCGGGAAAGCAAGGCGCAUCAAGAGCAGGUCUUGGCACUCACGAAGGCUCAUCUGAACUACUAUCAGCUGUUCUGUGAUCCGUCCGGUUACAGGAGGCUCUAUGCGAUGAAUCAUAGGACUGGUGAGCUCGUAUUUGAUCAGUACUUUUUGAGAGAACCCCAGAGGUUGACAGAGAUGGCCAAGGCGCUCAGUCUGAUCCAUGGCGAAGCGAAGCUCCCUCAGGGAAUGAUUAUUUGUAAAGCUGUUCCGAACUGGUUUAGUCAUUUCGAGUAUUAUGUUAAGAACGCUACUGGCAGAGACAAGUUCGAGGAGUGGAGGACAAACAAGGACAAGCGGCUUUCUUCCCUGCAGAAAAUUGCCCUCAGAAGUCAGAAUGGCGAAAUGGUUUAG